GCCGGAGGGUGGAACGACCGCCCUUUUUGGAGCAACGAGAGUAGAACUGCGGUACAUGCGUCGAGGAAAAAAAUAUCGCAAUACAACUUUCUGAAGCAGUGUAACCAAACUUGAGAGAGGGAUAAGGACAGUAAUGGCGGCUGAGGUGGAGGUCGAUGUGGACGGAGGCAAUGAAUACCCAGCACAUUACAAAGUCAUGAUGGAUAAACUCAAUGAACAGCGACAGCUGGACCAGUUCACAGACAUUACCUUGAUUGUGGAUGGACACCAGUUCAGAGCCCAUAAAGCAGUGUUGGCAGCAUGCAGCCAGUUUUUCCAUAAGUUCUUCCAGGAUUUCACCCAGGAGCCACUGGUGGAGAUAGAAGGAGUGAGUAAUACAGCCUUUCGCCAGCUGAUGGAGUUCACUUACACUGCAACACUAGCUGUAGCUGGACAAGAGGAGGCCUUUGAUGUCUGGAAAGCUGCUGAAUACCUCCAGAUGCAGGAAGCCAUCAAAGCGCUCAACAACAAGAUAAAUGACAGUCCCUCGCUGACAGCAAAGAGCAAAGGAAAAAAGAGGAAGAUUGCUGAGACAUCUAAUGUGAUUACAGAAACCCUACCUUCAGUGGAAGGGGAACAGGUGGAAAUUGAGGUGAUAGGGGAGGGGGCCAUUGAGGUGGAGGAGACUGGACUGGAAGAAGUGGUCGACGAAGCAAAGAACGCUCAGGCGGCGUCAGAUGACUCUGCUUUGGCGCUUCUUGCUGACAUAACCAGCAAGUAUCAGCAAGGGGAAUCUACAUUACAGGUCAUUAAAAAAGGAGAAAUGGAAGAGCAGGAGGUGGUGUAUCAGGAGGAAACGGUGACUGCCUCCAAGGUGCUGGAGAAUGUCGAGGUUGUAGAGGUUCAGAUUUCCCAAGUGGACAACAUGUUCCGCUGCAGCAAGUGUGACCGUAGCUUCAAGUUGUACUACCACCUCAAGCAGCAUUUGAAAACACACCUGGGCUUGCUGGAAAAACCCCAUGUGUGCAGCCACUGCGGUAAAGCCUACACACGGGAGGGCGCCCUAAAACAGCACAUCAGCACGUUUCAUUUCGAUGCAGAAGAACUGUCUCGAAACCAGAAGCCGCAGAAAAAAGUGCAUGUUUGUGAAUACUGUAAAAAGCACUUUGACCACUUCGGCCACUUUAAGGAGCACUUGCGGAAACACACUGGUGAAAAACCUUAUGAGUGUCCAGAUUGCCAUGAGCGAUUUGCGAGGAACAGCACACUGAAGUGCCAUAUGGCAGCCUGUCAGAAUGGGGCCGGAGCCAAGAAAGGACGGAAAAAGCUCUAUGAAUGCCAGGUCUGCAGCAGUGUAUUCAACAGCUGGGACCAGUUCAAAGACCAUCUCGUGAGCCACACAGGAGUCAAGCCCAACCACUGCACCAUGUGUGACAUGUGGUUCACCCACCCAAAAGACCUAAAGGCCCACCUCAAGCACGUCCAUUCCACUGAGGACGACAAGUCUACUGAGGAAGUGGUCAUCACUGACUCUGCCGCCGCCGCAGCCCUCGCCAUCGCCACACAGAGCAUAGAAGGAGCUGAAACAGUCCUGCUGGAUGAUGGAAUCCAGGUGGAGCAUGUCACAGUGGAGCCUGUGGAUGUGAUGGAGAUGGAGGAGACUGCGACAGUAGUGGUGGAGGACGGAGGUGUGACAGAAAUGUGCGAGGAGGACGUGGAGAGGUUAAAGCAGGCCGGGGUGCAGAUCCAGGUGGUACACGUGACCACGACUGAAGUAGACGGGCAGCAGGUGGUGAACUCUCAAGUGGAAGUAGAGAUGGAGGGUGAAAUGGUGAACGUUGAGGAGGCAGAACAAGCAGUGGUCGUAUGAGAAUGUGAGACGGACUGUGUCUUGGGGUGUAUUCACACAUGUAGCUUGUUUGCGUUGCUCUGAUUCAGGGGCUUUAAUGAUAUCUUGUUGCAUUUCAGUUCUGGUCCAGCUCUUGUUCACACUGACUUUUUACAAACAAACCAAGAGGAGUAAACAUUAAGUUUUACCGACUGAGAGGUUACUUGUUGAUUGGACAGUUUUGGCCAUUGUCAUCCUGCAUGUCAUCAGUGGGUCAUCAAGACCCAUGUGGGGAAAUGAAAUUCUGGUGACUGACAGAGGUUUAUGCAGCACUUUAAUGCUACUGAAGAUGUGUAUAUUUAUGUUUUUUGCAAAGAGCUCACGAAGAAAUAAUAGAAGCAUUAUUGGUGAAUUGCACUGAAAUUUGACUGGUUGAACGGGUAGUAACAGGACAAAAGGAGGUGUCUUGUAGGCUACAGUAAUGAUUCGGGGCUUAUUUCUGUGGGAUUGCUGUGCAGAGUACCAGCUCAGCUGUCUUUAACAGCUUUUGAGCUAUUAAUCAGGGAAAGUACCCACACUGAUGUGCAUACAUGUUGCCAUGGUUAUCAAAUGAUUUGCAUACACAAAUACAGAUCAAUUAUGAUAAGAUGGCUUCCUGAACAAAUUACACAAUCAGCAGAUGGAUUUAUUAGUAGCCUAGUUAAGCUUUUGGAAGUGUGCUCAACUCCAUCCAUCGCAAAUACUGGUGUUUGGUUAAUUUUCUUUCAUGCCACAAACAAACUGCUCCAGGGUUCGACUGGAAGCGAGCCAAAAACCACCCUUUCCUUGGAUCUCAGCCACGUGUUUUGUCCCAUAUCGAGUUCAGUAACUGCUCGCAUGUGCCCAAACUAACCCGUCUUUGGAGGGCAAACACUCCUGGUUUUAAUCCAACUGCUUCAAAUGAGAUGUGUGAAUACACCCUUAAAUGACCUGCAGGACGCUCCUGCAGUCCUGGGCUGCUGCAUUAUCCUGUACCUGACAACUUAUUUUCCAUGAAGAACACUGAAUGUGGGAAAAGGCAUGCCACCUCAAUAUGUCCUACUGUGUGCCAUCACAUUGAAUCACUCGGUUCCCACCACCCUCACUCUUUGAACUCUGAGUCAAUGGACAGAGUUAUGGAGAUAUAUCAUCUCCUGCUAACGAUCCUGUAUUUAUUUUAAAGCUGUCUGCCAUCAUAUCAUGUAUUCUUGGUGACUCUUCAGUGUUUCAUCAAUCAAUUGUCAUGUUUUUUAUUUUCUGUGUCCUUAUUUUACCUCAAACUUACAUCGUGUUCUUUUAGUUUGAGUUGCUUGCCAAGACAGUUUGACAGUGAAUGAAAGGUUCUUGUUGCAGCUCAUUCAGCAGCUGAUGGUCGGUGCCGAUGUCCAUCAGUGCUAAUGCUACAGAUUUGUUCAAGCUAAUUUUCAUAUUGCCUUUUGGUGUUUUUGUAGGAAAAACUCAGACGUGGAAUAAAAUCGGUUUCCAGAAUGGGCCUUGCGUCUUGCAUACAUCUGCUGAGAUUUAGUAAUUUUAGACUCAGAUUAGUGAAGGUAUAGAUGCAUUUAGAAAUUCUGUUGAGUUUAUUAUACCUUCAGAAUGUUUCGUUUUUCCUUCCAGAGAGCUAUUGUAAUCAGUAUUUUUAUAUUUGCAACUGAUUAAAUGACUGAAUUGUGAAAGUUGCUAAUAAUGAUAAAUUUACAAACAGUUGUCACCCAACGCUACAGUUUCCUUUAGCUCAACAGAUUUUUGUGUCUUUCAGCUCAGUGUUUUGGUUUCACAGCCCUAACCUUACUGUUUUGAUUCAGUCUCACUGCUCUUAUGAGCAGCGUGUCAGAUUUCCCUCAGGAGUUUGUGGAAACCACACCAGAGCUGAAGGAAAGGUGAAUAUGUUACUUGGAUUCAUCAGGAGGCCACAAA